AUGAAUCUCCAAUACCUUCCCGCAAGCGGUUAUCUCCACCGCCGGAGUCCGGUUACCGCCUCCUCCAGUCCACGUAAGCUCUCUCCACCUCUUUCUAGCUUUUCUCCGAGCAUAAUUAACACAACCCCCUUGUCAGUCCCCAAAAUUUCUUCCAAGCCCCCUUCACUUCCCUCCCUCCUGAAAACCCUAGACUCCACCAACCUUCAAUCGAUCCCCACUGAAACCUUAGACUCCCUCCUCUCGAAUCUCACCCCCAAGGAGCAAACCGUAGUUCUCAAAUCACAGCGGAAUUGGAGGCAGCUCCUUCUCGUUUUCAACCGGUUCAGAUCUCAGAUUAGCUACAACCCUAACCCAAUUCAUUACAAUAUAGCACUGAGAGCGUUGGGGAAGGCUAAGAAAUGGGAUGAGUUGAGGAUUUAUUGGGUUCAGAUGGAGAAAGAUGGGGUUUUUCCAACUAACAACACUUAUGGAACCCUAAUUGAUGUUUUUUCUAAGGGAGGUUUGGUAAAGGAGGCUCUUUUAUGGCUCAAACACAUGAAAUCUAGGGGGGUUUUCCCCGAUGAGGUCACGAUGAAUACUGUGGUUAGGGUUUUGAAGGAUUCGGGGAAAUUCGAUGUUGGUGAGAAGUUCUUUAAGAGUUGGUGUAGAGGGAAGAUUGAAUUGGAUAUUGUUGAUCUUGGGUCGGGCUGGGAACAGGGAUUUUCGAGAGAGAAUAAGCCUAGGCUUGCUGCUACUUACAAUACAUUGAUUGAUUUGUAUGGGAAAGCUGGGAGAUUGCAGGAUGCUUCGGAUUGCUUUAAAGAGAUGUUGAUAUCAGGAGUUGAGCCUGAUGCUUUCACUUUCAAUACCAUGAUUAAUAUUUGUGGGUCUUGUGGGCAGUUAUCUGAGGCUGAAUCUUUGCUGGAGAAGAUGGAGGAGAGGAGAAUUAAACCGGAUACUAAAACAUAUAACAUUUUUAUGUCUCUUUAUGCUUCAAGAGGGAAUGUUGAUGGUGUAUUGAGAUGUUAUAGGAGGAUUAGAGAGAUUGGUCUUCGUCAUGAUGUUGUGAGUUCUAGGAUAAUAUUGCAAGUAUUAUGUGAGAAGAAGAUGGUUCAUGAUGCGGAGAAUGUGAUUGCGGAUAUCAUGGCGAUGGGUGGAAAUAUUGAUGAGCAGUGUCUGCCUGUUAUAAUAAAAAUGUACAUUGAUGAAGGAUUGCUUAGUGAGGCAAGUAUCUUUUUCGAGAAAUAUUGUUUUGGGAGGGAGAUUUCUUCUAAGAAUUAUGCAGCUCUUAUGGAUGCUUAUGCAGAAAAAGGAUGUUGGAAGGAAGCAGAGGAUGUCUUCUAUGCAGAGAUGACUAGAGAAAGAAAUAAGGAUAUAAUUGAGUAUAAUGUAAUGUUAAAAGCUUAUGGUAAGGCUAAGCUUUAUGAUAAAGCUCUCAACUUGUUUGAGAGCAUGAGAAAUUGUGGAACCCCACCAGAUGAAUGCACUUAUAACACAUUAAUACAAAUGCUUUGUGGGGCUGAAUUGCUGGACAGAGCAACAGAACUCUUGAGAAAUAUGAAAGAGGCUGGAUUCAGACCGAGAUGCGAGACUUUUUCUGCUAUAAUUUCUGGUUAUUGUCACACCGGUUUUGUUUCUGGGGCUGUUGAGGUCUACCAAGAAAUGAAGGCAUCUGGUGUGGAGCCAAUGGGGAAAAAAUCAUUGCUGCUCCAACAAUAUCUAUGGUUGAGACUGAUAAUAUUUAUGUAG